CGCCGAGUCGCCGCCCGGCAGUGCUCGCCCCGCCGCCGCCGCCGCCCCGCGCCCGCCAGCGCGUCUAAUUAUACACGACACACGACCGAGCUGCACAUCUACUCGUAGUGAAGUGUACAUCCCAGUUUCUGUGACUCAGUUCGAACCCCGGCCCCGGACCCCGCGACCCAUUGGAAUAUUCAGGAAGGAAAUACGAGUAAAUGACAUUUGUGCUAACAUGUGCUGAGCUCCCGACGGCAAAAACAACAGCACCCCUAUGAUCACCAGUCACAACCGUGGAAUUUAAAUUUUAAUACUAACAAGUGUAAAUAGGUGUUUAGAUAGAUGUAAAAAAUACAACAAAAAGAACUUUAUAAAUAACCGUAUAAAAUAAACCUGUAGCUAGCCUUUCCAAUUACGCGGUAAGCCCACGCAGAGUGUUAAACAAAACAGCGGAUGCUCAAUAAAAAUCGUUGCAAUAAAUUUUAAAAAUAAAUUUCCAUCAUGGUGUAUUGAAAGCGUCAUUUUAGUGUCCGCGAGGCGUGUGCAAGCGCUUUCGGUGCAUCGUGGGCCGCUAAGAUGUCGUCGCGGACGGGUCAGCGGGGGUCUUCCGUGGCCACCAGCCAGAGGAAGCACCGGUCCAGGUCCACCACCAGGUAUGACCUGGAGAAGAAGCCCAAGAAGAAGGAGAUGCGGGCGUCGGGCACCACCAGCCUCGUGUCCAUCCCCAACACCAUCAAAUUGAGUAUGCUGAACAGCGGCCUUAUAUCAUUCGAUAAAGUGACGUUUAGACCAGAGACGGACGAGAACGGUUCCAUACAGGAGACCAUCCCGGACAGGCCCGUGGACCUCAAGAGCUUCCCCAAACUCUGCGAGCAGCGGAGAAAGUUCCCCGUGCUGUAUAAACUGGAGUUCCAGACAGCAGUAAAAGUAGAGACGCACUCGUGCCGGCAUGCGACGAAGAAAACUAAUUUACAUAAAAACCAGAACCAAAAAGUUAUACCUUAUGACUACAACAGAGUGGUGCUAAACACUGUAGACAGAGAACCAGACUCCGAUUAUAUAAACGCUUCCUACAUAGAUAGUAUAUUAAAGCCGAACGCGUACAUAGUGACGCAGGGGCCCACGGAGGACACGGUGGGCCAGUUCUGGAAGAUGAUCUGGCAGGAGCGCGCCGCCGCCAUCGUCAUGCUCACCAAGACCUUCGACUUUAUCAAGGUGAUGUGCGUGCAGUACUGGCCCCCCAGCAAGGACAAGGACGAGACGUACGGCGACAUCAGCGUGGGCGUGGUGCAGGAGGAGGAGCUCGCCAACUUCCACAUACGGACCUUCCGCCUGUAUAAGAAGGAGAAAGAUAUGGUGGUGGAAGAGCGCUUCAUCCUGCAGUUCCACUACACGCAGUGGCACUCGCACACGUGUCCAUUCAGCAACGCUCUGCUGGAGUUCCGGCGUCGAGUGCGCGCCGUGGUGGGCAGCCGGCUCGCCACCAGCCCCGGCGCCGGGCCCAUGCUGGUGCACUGCAAUGACGGAGGCGGCCGGUCGGGGGUGUACCUCGCCAUCGACGCCAACCUGGAGCUAGCUGAAGAAGAAGACGGGUUCGAUGUGUUCGGCUACCUUAAGAAACUACGACAGUCACGGAAAGGCCUUAUAGAGAAUGAAGAACAAUACAAGUUCGUCUACGACACCCUCGAAGAGCACGUGGUCUGUGGCGUCUCGUGGUUCCCCGUCUCCGAGCUGUCCCAGCGGCUCAAGCAGAAGUCCCAGAGGGACCCCGUGACCAAGCUCAAUGAGUACCAGCGCGAGUACCAGCAGAUCUGCAAGCAGACGCCCAGGUUCACGAUUGGUGACUGUGCGGGCGGGCACCGCGGGGAUAACAGGGAGAAGAACAGAGACGUGUUGGUGGUGCCGCCUGAUAAUUUUCGUCCAUAUUUGACAUCCUUCCAAGGGAACAGUUUUACAGACUACAUCAACGCCGUUUUCGUAGAUGGAUACACAAAACCUAGAGAGUACAUAGUGACAGAAUGGCCACUAGUGAAGACCCAGGGCGAGUUCUGGUCGCUGGUGUACGACUACGAGUGUGCGGCCGUGGUGGUCUUGUGCGUUCCACCCAAAAAUUCCCAACAAUUCCCUCCAUUCUGGCCGGAAGGUCGGCAUCCAAAAAAGUACGGACCAGUUUUCACUAUUGACCACGUAUCGCAUAGUCACUAUACUAAUAUUAAGACAUGGAUCUUCAGGAUUAAUAAGAAGAUAGUCUCCCUCACCGAGCUGAUGGCCGGAGUGAAGGCGCCUCCGAAGACAGUGCAACUGUUCCAGCUGACCUGCUGGCCGAUGGGCCACAAGGUGCCCACGUCCACUAACUCACUCGUCGAGCUGAUGAACAUGGUGGAGCGCUGGCGGCAGCGGACCGACUACGGGCCCGUCUGCGUCGUGUCGCCGGACGGGCGCAGCCGCGCGGGCGUGUACUGCGCCGCCAACGCGUGCAUCGAGCAGGUGAUCCAGCACGGCGAGGUGGACGUGUUCCAGGCCGUGAAGACCGUGCGCCGCCACCGCCCGCAGCUCGUCGAGAACAUGACUGAAUACAAAUACUGUUACGACCUGGUGCUUCACUACGUGUUGCACUACUUGAAUAAAGAUAUGAACGAAAAAAAGUGAGAGUGCGAACUUAAGGACGAGCUCUGGUUCAUCGAAUUCGGGCGAGGAGCGGCGCUGCCGACGACGCCGGAGGAGACCAGCCCCUCGGCGUCCCGCGGUGGGGGCGGGGCCGGGGGCGCGGGGGCGGGCGCGCG